AUGGACUCACCGUCUUCAUCGAUCGGAGAUUCGUUAACGGCGAGGAUGAUUCCACGUCAUUCUUCUCUCGAUUCAUUCGGAGCGAUGAAAGUUUACCAUUUGGUCAAUCUUGCAAGCAUAAGGGUCUCUAAAGCAGAGCUUCGUCGAAGAGUCAUGCUUCCUAAAUAUCUCCGUCUCUCAAUACGUGAUUGCAUCCUCCGUAAAGAAGAUUACUCCACCUCCGUAGCACCACCGUCAGGUAGCUAUCGUACACCGGAAGUUCCUCUGUUCGUAUUCGUUAAUCCGAAAAGCGGUGGUCGUCAAGGUCCUUUGAUCAAGGAACGUCUCCAGAAUCUAAUCAGCGAAGAACAGGUGUUUGAUUUAACGGAAGUGAAGCCGCACGAGUUUAUUCGAUAUGGAUUGGGUUGUUUAGAGGCAUUAGCGUCUCAAGGUGAUGAAUGUGCUAAAGAGAUUCGUGAAAAGAUGAGAAUUGUGGUUGCAGGUGGAGAUGGAACCGUUGGUUGGGUUCUAGGAUGUCUCGGGGAACUCAAUGUACAAAACCGGCAACCUGUUCCUCCUGUUGCGAUAAUGCCGCUCGGAACGGGAAACGAUCUUUCUAGAAGCUUUGGAUGGGGAGGUUCGUUCCCAUUUGCGUGGAAGUCUGCGAUAAAACGAACGCUUCAUAGGGCAAGUAUUGCUCCCAUAAGCCGUCUAGAUAGUUGGACUAUUUUGAUUACAAUGCCUUCUGGUGAGAUUGUGGAUCCUCCUUAUUCUUUAAAGUCUACACAAGAAUGUUACAUUGACCAGAGUUUGGAGAUAGAGGGAGAGCUGCCUCCAUCCAUGAAUGGCUAUGAAGGAGUGUUCUACAAUUACUUUAGCAUAGGUAUGGAUGCUCAAGUGGCUUACGGCUUUCACCAUUUGCGCAACGAAAAGCCUUACCUUGCGAAUGGCCCUAUCGCCAAUAAGAUUAUCUAUUCGGGAUAUGGUUGCUCUCAGGGUUGGUUCCUCACGCAUUGCAUAAACGACCCGGGUUUAAGGGGUCUCAAGAACAUUAUGACAUUGCAUAUCAAAAAGCUAGACUCAUCAGAGUGGGAGAAAGUACCAGUUCCCAAAAGCGUAAGAGCAGUGGUUGCAUUGAAUCUAAAUAGCUAUGGAAGUGGAAGAAACCCUUGGGGAAAUCUCAAACAAGAAUAUCUUGAAAAAAGAGGCUUUGUGGAGGCACAAGCUGAUGAUGGUUUGCUCGAGAUCUUUGGGUUAAAGCAAGGAUGGCAUGCUUCCUUCGUUAUGGUUGAACUCAUUUCUGCCAAACACAUUGCACAGGCAGCAGCGAUACGGCUAGAGAUAAGAGGAUCAGAAUGGACAGAUGCGUUUAUGCAAAUGGAUGGAGAGCCAUGGAAACAGCCUAUGAACAAAGAUUACUCUACCUUUGUUGACAUCAAGAGAGUCCCUCACCAGUCUUUGGUCGUCAAAGGAGAUUAA